AUGCAGGUGCUGGAGAGGGAACACCCAGCAGCAGGGUCCCUGCCCUGGCAGAUGUCCCAUGGGCCUGACUCCCACCACAUGGGGGAGGUGAGAGGGGAGUGUGCAGCCGCCCACACCUCCCUGAGCAAAGUCAUUGUGUGGCACAGGCAGCUGGCGCUGCAGCUGGGGGGCACGGCUGACUCACCCCGGCUGCGGGAGGAGCUGCAGGAGCGGAGCAAGGAGGUGCACGAGCUCAGCAAGGGCCUGCGGAACAUGCUCCUAGCCGGGCUGAGGCAGCCGCUGGCCAGCCCAGAGGAGCGGCAGGAGCUGGAGAGGCUGUGGGUGCUGUCCCUGUCAGCUCUGGAGCUCUUCCACCAAGACCUGCACAGGGCCCAUCAUCUCUGCCAACUCUUCCCCCUGCAGGGGCGGGGGGUGCAGCUGCUGAGCACUGGAGUCACGGGGAAGGCCACAGAUGGAGGGCACAAGCCGUGGAGGAGGCCAAGCCGCAAGGGCACCAGAAGCACAGAGCAGCUGGGUGCUGCCCCUGGCCUGGAGGAGCAGAUUGAGCAUGUGGGGACCAUGCUGCUGGAGAUGGAGACCAGAGUCAAUGUCCCUGUCUGGACAGUGGAGGCCACAGAAGAGGCCGGGCCGGGCAGCAGCUUGGCCUUUGAGGCAGAGGGGUCGUGCAGCGAGAGACAGGCUGCAGAGGUGGCAGGUGGCCCAGGGUGCUGCGGGCAGCGUCAGGGCUGGCCUGCACUCUGCUGCACAUUGUCAUGA